GUGGUUGGUGGGCAGCCAUGUCUGCAGGUGUGGGAGAGGCCUUGUCCACAGCUGGCCAAGAAGGCAUUGUUGACCCUCAUGAGAUCACAGAGGCAGUUGUGCAGGCCCCGCCCAUUUCCCAGGACCCUGGUUCUCCCUGCCUCCAUGCUAAGCUCUAAGUGCCCUGGGAGGUGCUAGUAGGGGUCAGGGGGUUGUGGGAGCUCAGAACUGGCACCUCUCAUGUUCCUCCAGGAGCCAGAAGGAUAUGAAGGACUUAGGCCUCUUUCCUCCUAUUCCUGUUUGCCUUGAAUGCCCCUGCCCCAGCCGUGGUGGCUCCCAGACCCCACCUGCCUCCAGGAUCCAACCUGAAAAGAUGCAGGCUGGUGGCACCUACCACACCAGCCAGAGGCUGGCUGUGUGGGGGUGAGUGGAGGGGCUGGUAUGUGCACAGGCACAGCUCCUGGGCCUGGGGGCAAGGCACAGGAGCCCAGCUCUAAACCCCAUUCUCAGCCUCCUCAAAUUAUAUAUAUAUAUGCAAAGGCCAUUUUUCUGGGGAGGGAACAUAGAUUUUGUAAGUGUGCCAAAAAGCAUAAGAACCCUCUGACCUCAUACUUAACUAAUUUCAGAGUCCCUACUGGGUUUGGACCAGGCAGGAAAAAGCAGCCAUGGGGCUGCUGGCCAGCCCUGAGUCCUGGGCUAAGUCUUCUCCAAAACACCCUCUUUAAAAGGUUUCUUUGGAGCCUGGAGGCCGUAAAAGUCUUCUGGUUGGCAGAAAACUCCAAGGGUACUUACGAGGCCCCUAGCCUGUGGACUGGGGAUGGAAGACAGGACCCCUGGGGUCAUCAAGAGGAUGUGUUCUCAGUGCCCGUGCUCGCCUGCCUGCUGAGGGAUACGCUGGAGCGACUUGAGUUGCGGAUCCCACGGGAGCACAUCGAGGUGGUGAGGCGGCCACGGAAUGCCUAUGCGUUCGUGCGGGUGGCCACCAACAAGGAUGUCCUGGCCUCCCUACCCUGGCGCCUGCAGAUGGCCAUGGAGGAGAAGCUGAUCCUCAAAGAGCUGACAGCCCGGGGGAAGGAGCUGGUAUUGAGUGAGGCCCGGGAGCCACUAAUCUAUAGAGAGCAGGAGGAGGACAGUGGCCCAAGCCGAGGCCCCAGCCCUGGCCCCAGCCCUGGUCCCAGCCCGGGUCUCAGCCAUGGCUCCAGUCUCCCCAUGCCAACAGGACCUGCAGACUCCUCAUCUAGGUGGCACUGCGCCCAUCAGUGGCAGAUUUCCCAGAACCGGCCCAGCGGCGUGCGCUCUGACAGCGCCAUCGUGCACCAGGAGAUCCUGGGCCAGGAGCACCUCUUCCAGGGCACUUUCCUGGGCAACGAGACACGAAACAUGGAGUUCAAGCGGGGCGGUGGCGAGUACUUGAACCUCGCCUUCAAGCACCACGUGCGGCGCUAUGUAUGCGCCUUCCUCAACAGUGAAGGAGGCAGCCUGCUAGUGGGCGUGGAGGACAGCGGCCUGGUGCAGGGCAUCCGCUGCACCCACCGCGAUGAGGACCGAGCGCGCCUGCUGGUGGACUCCAUCCUGCAGAGCUUCAAGCCCCAGGUCUUUCCCAGCGCCUACACCCUCACCUUCAUCCCUGUCAUCAGUGCCUCCACCACCAAUGUGCCUCUCAAGGUACUCCGUCUGACUGUGCACACCCCCAAGACCCAAGGGGAGCCCCAGCUGUACGAGACAGACCAGGGGGAGGUGUUCCUGCGGCGGGACGGGAGCAUCCAGGGGCCACUGUCCGUCAGCGCCAUCCAGGAGUGGUACAGGCAGAAGUGGACAACAGAGCUGAGCAAGCUGGAGGAGAAGGUGAAGGUGCUGACGGUGGAAAAGGAGCAGCUCCAGCAGCAGCUGAGGCAACAGCGGCCUGUGUCCUGCACCUGCUGUGUCCUGUAAGGGCCCCACGGGCGGCUGCACAAUGCCAAGCUACACAGGGUGAGGCAGAGACUUCUGAUCUGGGCUAAGUCCUAGCAACAAACGCACCUGGGCCAGGCAGGUAGGAGGGAGCUCUGGCUUCCUGUUCCUUCAGCACAGACCCACGUGGCUUCACCAGAGCAGCCUCUGUAUGUCGCCAAGAAUGUUCUUGGCAGCACAUCCCCAAGCAUGGACUUUCAGAAAGAACUUGGCCAGACUCAUCCUAUGGCUGAGCUGUAAGGAAAUGUCCCCUCUCCCUCAAUGCUCUUUUAGCCCAAGCUGAGGUCUAUGACUCCAGUCGGCUAGACAGUGCCAGAAAGGAACUUGUCAUCUUAGGAAGGUCCCCCAUAGCCAGUAAGGCAUGUUUGGAAACAUUUACAAGGCAAACAGGCCAUCCUGCAGCCCUCUCCCCUAACUUGCUGGAACUUGAGAUUGUUAAAGAUCCUUAAUCAGUCAUGUAACCCUGGGGUGCAAAUGGUUAUUUCUAGCACACUUUGUCAGCCAGCUAGACGCUGCUGGGUCAUGUGUUCCCUGCUCUAUCCACCUCUGUCCAGGAGACACAGCCCACCCUGGGCUCCUACCACACAAGGCUGUGGGUGGCGACAGGAGCCCCGUUAGCCUCAAGCUCAGCUCCAUGUUAAAGGCCACGUGCCUUAAGGCAAAGCACUCACCUCUUUGCUUCAGUUUUUUUGCCUGUAAGAGUAGCAGUGGGCAGGGCAGGCAUUGUCAUCAUCAGGAAGUCCCCAGGGUGCUGGCCCUAGCCCAGAGCAGCACCUGCACAGGAAAGGCCUACUCCCAUUCUAAGCACCCCCAACCCUGGCUCUGGAGAAGGUUCCUGCUCUUGUUGUUCCUCUACCUUUCCUACUGCCAAGCCAAGACUAAGGCCAGAGCAGCACCUGUACUCAGCCCUGCACGUUCCUCCUGCCCCCUGAACCAGCCAUGCCAGCUAUGCCCACCAACUCCUUCCACCUGCACUCCCCCAGCCCCAGCCCCACCCCCACUCGACAGCCACUCACAGCCUGGACCACUCACAACUGCUCGGAGACUUGGUUUCCCACUUACCAGACAGGAUUCAAGCCUGGCCUUGGCCAUCACUCACACUGGUUAGAGACCAAGUGUAUCAUGUCAUGUAUGUAUCAUGACAGGUUACCAAACUCCUAAUACCAGAGAUGAAAACUUUUGACUCAGUGAUGACAGAAGCAAAUCAAGUGAAAUGAGCCCAAAUGUAUAGGCAAAGCUUUAACUGGGGCUUCUGCUAAAGGGAAACAGCACUCAUCGAUGGCCCAGGUUGCUCCCUAAAUAAAGGGAAAUGCAAGUUUUUAUUGAUUUGCUGGGAUGGGCUAGUCUGAUAAUUUUCCAUUGACCAGGAGCAUGGUUCCAAAAGAUGUUGAGGAUACCACCAGUCACAGUCAACUUGCCUGGGAACCACUCUUGUAGCUGGUGCCCAUCCCCCUGUGCAAACACCCUGGCCUUGGGGCUCCAUCUGGGCCUAUGACAGGGCUAAAGGACUAUGGGUUUGGGGGCUGCUCUAGCUGCAGAAAAAGCACAAGGGCAGGAAGAAGAAAAUAUGCCCGCUCCAAAGGCAACUGACACAUCUACAGGCAGAGCUGAGUAGAGUCUAACCCAAAAGUUAAGGAAACAAAGGAGACAAGCAUAUGAGACACCCAUCCCAGCCACCCACUGGACAUCUGCAGCCCAAAUAGUCAAGUGUUUUUCAAGUUCCGAAAAGGUAACCUAGGCAAGCAUUAUCGUCAUAACCCACACAUCAGAGGUGUUAUCUACAGCAAAGCUAGACUUUGUGAUCUCCAAAAUCAGUGAUUUUUAAGUUGACUUAGAAUAGGUGAAGCCAGAGUUUAGUGGUAACAACUUCCUCUUGUGUAAACAUUGUUUCUGUGGUUUAUCAGGGUCUGAGGCUGUUGGAAAGAGCACAAGGGCAGAGAGGCAACGUGACCUACCAUGGUGGUCUCUGUCUGUAACUCACCCGGUGGGCUGUCCCAGGGUGGCUGAAGCUGCUCAAGAGCUACACAAAGAAUGGAUUACUUGAACUGGGGUGUCCCUCAGUGGUGGCGUGCUUGCCCAGCAUUCACAAAGCCCUGGGUUCUAUCCCCAGCACCAGGCAUGAGGGUGGGAACCUUACUCAAGAAGCCACAGCAGAGUUUCUGGCCAACUUCUAUGAGACAGGCACCGCAAUCCUCAGAAAUGCCCUUAGUGGGAAGUAGCCAGUUUCUACAAAGGCAAGGUGAUCUCCGAGUUAGCUCAGCUGCUUCAGACUGCCCAGAACCCAGGAGAGAUGCCACCAAGUCUCUUCCAACCAUAGAGAAACCUCUGGGCCCUGGUCAAUGGACACUGGCAUGGCAGGCCGACACCAUCUGGCUGAGCUCUGCAGUCCCUGGAGAGCUAUGUGGAGUUCCUUUUCUCAGAAGGGUUCUGCAGGUGGCCAGACCUAGGCAACUGGUCAUCUUAAGGGAAUCUUCACCAGGGGCAAGAACAUGACUACAGGGAGCUCUUCCAACCCUCCCUAUACCCACCCAAGUCCUCAGUGGCAGGACAAUGGUGACCCCAAGGGAACUGUCACUCCCUCAGUGUGGGGAGUGACAGGCUGCUAUGUAGCAUAAGGUCAGAAUUCCGCUCAACCAGCCAUAAUAAAAGCCCUAGACAAGUAUGAAGAGCUCUGUGGAAGUGUUUUAGGUCAGUCUGUGAGCACGGGAGGCAGACAAAGGUGACUUGUUCUUGGUCAGAGAGCAGGAAGGCAGGCUCCCAGGCCUGCCUGGUGGCCUUGGACCAUGAAUGGAAGGACAAGAGUCUACUUCUCUUGAGUCUCUCUGAAGUAGAAGCUGGGCCAACUCACUUGUGAGAAACACAUUUCCCUCCCCAAACCCAGUUAUCUCAAAUUUCAGCAAGUGAAGGCUGUUAGUUAGCCUGGUGAACAGGUGGCCUGAGGCCUGAGUACCUGCCUCAGCAGAGAAGACAGCUCAUCUCUAAGAGGUGUGCUCAGCAGCCAGAGGGUGAGUGGGUGCCUCUGUCAUCAACCCCUUACCCAGAACAGUGACCAUGAGCUGGACGUAUUCCAGAGGCUGAGGGUAGAAGCAGAGCGGGGAGAAAGCAGUCGAACUGGUUCAGAAGAUCCUUGGUUGGCCACUCUCAUCUCUGGGGAGGGGCCCAGUUUGCAAUUAGCAAAAAGGCACCCUAUGCAAGGGCCUGCACUUCUUCCCUCCCCCUUGUCCCUGACAAGCUGUACACUUGGCACUCAUGUCACUUUCAAUCUGUCCUGACAUGUGAGAACCAGGAUGUGAAGCCCUGUUUGAAAACUUGGGUUCCUAUUCACAAGAAAGGCUCGCCUCUAGCUUACAACACUGUGGGAUUGCUCACUGAGGCUGCAGGCCAGAGGAGCAUCAGGCCCCAGCGGCACCCCAGCCACACGCUGCAGCUUUCCCCUCCUGGCCAGUGACAGACAUAAAGAGAAUGAAAAGGCAUCUCUUGUUCUGCAUUUUUUAUUUCUUAAGUUAGAGUAUACAUGGAGUCCAGCCAGAAUACAGUAGGCAGUGGCUAUGCCUAUUCCAUCACAUUAAGAAAAUAGUUUUCAUAUUGCAUUUUAACUGCAGUUAACACCAUUCUGGAAGAAGAAAGUACCCUCAGGUCAAAGCUGUCUAUAUAUGAGAGGGGUUUAGAGGCAGUUUCCCCACCAAGAUUCUUUUUAUUAUUUUUUUUUAAAGUGACCCCUUGAUGCAAGGAGUGUCUCCCAACCCCAGGACCAGGAGAUGCAGCCAGAGGUGCAAUUUUAAAAUCAUACUUCAGAGACACCAACUUCUUGCUGCAUCAUGUGACACCAAACUGACUGUCCCUUUGGAGGACAAGGACCAGCCACAGUUGGCACCAAGAGCUUCCACAACUCAGAGCAACACUGAGGCCUCAGCUCUGGCUUCACUGUUUUUGGUGACAGGCGGUGCAGGAGGUCACCAGCAUCCCACAGGGGAAGCACCGGCUUCAGUGAUCCUCCCGUGUCUGCUCCAGCCACCUGCACUGAGCAACGGCCUGGGCACCCAAAGGAAGCAACAGGCAAGACGCUCGAAUCCACAAUGACACGAGGUAGUUGGAGAAACAAGGUGGUAGACAGGCCUCCAUCAGCCCCUGCUGUCAGCACCCGUCUCAAUGUGGGCUUCCCAUCUCACAACCUCCUGACCUACACGGGAAAGGCCAAGCAGCAGGCAGGCCCGGAAACGGUGUACAUGAUGCGACAUGCCAAUGACAGUUUUCCAAAUACCUUUCUCCCCAUAAUAAAAUAAUCUUAAUAAAAACAUAAUUUAAAGGAA